UUUCUCACUUUGCUGAUUUGCUCAACGUUCAUAAAAUGGAGAUUGUUAUUCACAGCUUUAAUAAUUCCAUAUUUAUGGCAUUKAACGUGGGUCAACAUUGCGCCCCACAAGUGGUAACACUAAUGGCAGAAAUGUUUUAAUUGUGUUUUUAUAAAUACGGGAAAAUAUGGAAAAUUUAGUUUGGGCACUCUCCGCUGAAUACAGUCUUUACUACGAUAAAGGAAUUUAGGCUUUCACAAGGAUUUUACAAGGAUUGUGAAUGCAGUUGCCGAGAAAACUACCAACCUCAGCUGUUAAGUAAUCUAAGUGAAAACGGUUUUAAAUUUCUAUCAAACGGAACAAGAAUACAAAAUGGGAACAAGAAAAACAAGAUUCCCAAAGCAAUUCUUGUUGGUGGCAGCCAUUUUAAUUUCUUUGAUGUUAUUGAUGAAAGUGAUUCAAAGUCCUUGCACAACAACUGAAAAAGUAAUAGUACAGCUUCCCAAUGAAGCCAUCAAUGAACCUUUCCUGCAUCUGAUCAUCCAGUUUCCUCUAUUACUGAACGAGAAUAACAGUCUUAACAUCCAAGAAAGACAACAAGAGUAUGUUCAAGCAUUAGAGAAGAAUCUCAACCAUUCUUUGGUAAUAAAAGUACAUAUACUUUAUGAAGACAACAGGACAGUAAAAGCCAUCUCAAUGCUUGCUUCUCAUAAUCAAUGGAAAAUUAAUCUAGUAAACCUUGGAAAGCGAAUGUACUACAGCGAUGCACUGGAAUACGCCUCGAGUAAUUUGGCUUCUAAAACGUGUAUUAUWAUGAAUGCAGACUGCUACAUAGGGAAAGGAUUUGAGAAAAUCGACGUUUUCACUUUACAAGAAGGCACAAUAUAUGCAUUGACUAGACGUGAGACUCCGUCGCAGAUAACUUCUUGUAAGGUUAAAGACUUUUGCGGAUCRAAAUCCAAGUAUAUUGGUUCCCAUGAUGCUUUUGUCAUAAAUUUAGUAAAACCGUUGCCASGAUACAUAUUUCGAUUUUUAAACUACAGGCCUAAUAUCAUUGGGGCUGAAAACGUUGUCAUAUACGUGCUUAAAAGAUAUGGUAAUUUCCGAGUGAAAAACCCUUGUAGAAUUUUACAUAUCUAUCAUAACCAUUGCAGUAAAAUGCGUGGGGGAGAUAGAUUAGUUCAAGGAAAACGACUCCCUCAGUUUCUCAAACUGCCAAAAGGACAUGCUCCCUUCUCGGGACUUUGAACUCAGGACAAUUCCUAGACCAUUMMUGGCGGCCUCUUCGAGGGCUUCACACUGAACAAGAUGUUUUUUCCGACAUUUCGGAAAAAUGUUUCGAUUGUGUAAAUAAGUAGAUUUUAGGUGAUAGAUAGCAGAUUUUU